AUGUCAUCGUCCCCGCCCAUCGAAGUGCCAGAUGGGGAUGAAGCCGAGAAGGCUGAUGGACCUCAACCACCCAAGGAGCCGCCCCCGGUGAAUUCCUACUUCUUCCGACGCGACCGCUCGCGUCACCGACGGCACCGCUACGAGCGCCAUGAUCGGCGCGACCGCUACGAGCGCUACGAGCGCUACCAUCGCUAUCGCUCGCGCUCGCGAUCCCGCGAGGCCGAUUUGCGGAAGGUCAGCGGCAGCCUCUGCCGUAUGGUUCGCUAUGAAGAACACCGACCGGAAGGACUGGAUGUGGACGAUGAGGGACGUGUCAGUUUGAAUCAGCUCCUAAAGAUCACCAAUUUCCAUGAGAAGACCCUCUUGAAAGCUGUCAGGGAACAUCAAUAUCAAGACCGCAGCACCGGUGCGUUGCGCUUUUCUCUCGAACCUACUCCUGAUGGUAAAGACAUGGUGAUCCGUGUGUAUCCUGGGCGUCAGCAAGGAAACGAGAACUGGUCAAGGUGGACUCAAGAGCCCUCUGGCAUGUCGGCCAAGGCUGAGGUCAAGGAGGAGUCUUGGGAAGGACGUUGGCGCCAAAAGAGUUGGUGGGGCCGGUCGUGGGGCAAAGGCCAGAUUGCCUGGAUGCGGUGGUCAAGGGCUGAUGACACCAUUUCGAGUGGAGAAAUAGAAUCCAUGAUGUCACA